GCAGUGACGCCAGUUCGUCAGCGAGGCAACAUGGCGUCGCCGACGGUCACUUCGCGUUUGUACUCCUUGCUGUUCCGCAGGACUUCUACCUUCGCCCUCACCAUCGCAGUGAGCGCCCUGUUCUUCGAGCGCGCCUUCGAUCAGGGUGCAGACGCGGUCUACGAUUACAUCAACGAGGGGAAACUGUGGAAACACAUAAAGCACAAGUACGAGAAACAGGAGUAACUCCCUGCGCCUUCCGUCCAGAAGGGACAGGCACCUGUCAGCUGUCAGCCUGGAGCUGGGGCCUCAGCCUGAGGAUGAACCUCAAGUUACUCUCAUGAACCACCAGUGCGUUGGCAAGCAGUGGCUCCACCGUGCAAACAGACUCUACCAUGUGCUGUGUUUGAAGUGCAUUUGACUACGGCUGUCAACAAAUAAAUGUAAAUUGUUCAUGUGA